AUGGAGUCGAAAUACACUUACCAACCUCUACCAGAUCCAGCUAACUCCAUACGUCUUCUAAGCGUUGAGCCCGGCUGGCCUUCAGAUCCGAUAAGGGCUAACAUCCAAAUCGUCACUCAUUUAAACGAUUCGCCAUGUUACCAGGCACUUUCUUACGUUUGGGGUUCUGUCGAGAACCCGGUGCCAAUCAAGUGCGAUGACUGUCCUAUGCAGGUAACUCGGAACUUAGCUUCAGCGCUGGCAGCAUUACGGCAGUUACCAUCAGAAGGCGACCCUACUACGCAUGGCAUAUCCGUCGUGGAUGAAUCUCAUAUCUUGCAUUCUAAGCAGCGCGCCUGGAAAGACAUCGCCCGAAACCGCAACGAAGUCGACAUGAUCGAAUCUCGGAGAGCUAGUCAGGGACCGCUGCUUUUCUGGAUAGACGCCCUAUGUAUCAACCAAGACGAUAUGCAAGAACGCGCCGAGCAGGUCAAGCUCAUGCGAAGGAUAUAUACCACGGCCUCUAUGGUCUGUAUCUGGUUAGGCGACGAGCUUGUCGCGCCAGAUAUCCUGGUAUCCGAUUUGCGAACCUCUAGGCUAGACCGUGCGUUUGGGCGUAAACGUCUGGCUGACAUCGACUACAUGUCAGUCGUGCUAUCGUUCUUCGCUCAAGCAUUGCGAAACUCACACCGAGUCACGACCAACGAGUACGGCCUGCCCGACGUAGACUUGCUUGGAUUUCCCUCUCAGAAAACCCCCGAACACCGAAUCCUUGGAGCGUUCUUCAACCAGCCGUGGUUCCACCGUGUAUGGAUUGUCCAAGAGGCAGUAUUAGCCCAGAACGCUAAGAUACUCGUUGGCGCUUGGGAGUUGGAUUGGAAACCGUUCGCCGAAGCCGUGAAUGUGAUGGAUGCGGGCAACAUCCGGGAUCCUUUCACGCUGCAGUUGCGCGUCACCGGAGUGACUUCAGAAGAAUCGUCCGCUGGAGUAGACAUCCCAGCGGCCUUGUAUCUGUGCCAAAUUCAGCAGCUCCCCGGGCGCAAGGAGAGCCUUUUCCCUUUACUAAACAAGUCGCGGACACGUAAGGCGACUAAUCCGGCAGACCAUGUAUUCGCUGUGCUUGGGAUAGCCGGGGAUGUGGCAAAUGCCACCGACCUGAGUAGUAAACUGGUCGCCGUCAAUUACGAAAAGCCAGUCGGCCAAGUGUUCAGGGACGCGACCUGGUUCAUUAUCCUUACUCACGCAACGCUCCGGCCGCUUACAGCAGUAGAAAUAUUGGAGGAUCCAUCCGUACCCGAUUGUCCAUCUUGGACACCCGUGUGGUCGGAGCCCCGCCGGACAUCCGCUUUCGACUAUGACUUCUUCAGCGCGGACGCCAACCAAAAGAUGUCUAUGAAAGCAACCGGCAAUGCUGACCUUUUACAAGUCGCUGGGCAUUUAUUAGACUCUGUAGGAUCGAUCACUGACCCUCUCAUUGACGCAAAUACACCGUUGCGGGCUCAGGAUGAGCUGAUAGAGUGGCAUUACCCACCUCACCAGGCUGAGAUAGACUUUGUCAUAUCUGCAUUAUCCAUGACCACUGAAUACUAUAAUCGAAGAACUAGUAGCGGGGACGAGAACAUCGCGGUUGAAGCUGUAGCCCAAGACUUGACUAAUCAACUCUGUCUCCCGACUUACACCACCGAAAAGGGAGUCUUCGAGGCCUUCGUGAGCACUUUAUCGGUGCAAACCAACGGGGGAUCCCCCGACGACCGGGGCGACGAGGCCGAAGAUAUGGUCGAUUCGGCAGAAGCCUGGUUCCAACAGAACGUAGGCUGGUCCUCACACCCCGCCUCUUGGGUCACCAAGAUCUGGCAUAUCGUCCGAGAUAAGUGGUACCCAGGAGCGGGCAUGCUUUUCCAAGCUGCGCUGCUGCGGUCAUGCGUAGGCAGGAGGUUCUUCAUUACCAAAAGAGGUUUCAUCGGCAUCGGUCCCGCAUGCAUGAAAGCCGGCGAUCUCGUUGCGGUUAUCCUAGGAGUCCCAGUUCCCUUCAUCAUUCGGAAGACCGGAGACCAAGAAAACCAGAAAUAUGUUCUUCUCGGGGAAUGUUAUGUUGAUGGCAUCAUGGAAGGAGAAUUGGUGCAUACGCAACAGAAGGCGGGUAAAGAAGCUGAAUUAUUCACGUUUGUAUAG